AUGUCGUUUGCAGAGCGACAAAAGCAUCUUCUACGGACAGGCGAAUUUUCUGACUUUAUCCUGACUGUCGAUGAAAGAGAUUUCAAGAUUCAUCGCAGUAUCGUCUGUCCACAGUCAACUGUGUUGCACCGUCUAUGUGCUGGCAAUUUCAAGGAAGGACUCGAAGGUCGCGGGACGCUCCCGGAAGCAAGUACCGAUAUUUUCGAGAAAGUCCUAGAGUUCGUCUACACUGGAGAAUAUGACCCUUCCACGACCGAAGACCAAAAUGUAGCCGGCGACGACACUUCAGCCGGCGAUGAGACUGCAGCCGGCGACGACGCUGCAGCCGGCGACGACACUGAUAGUGUUAGCAAUCAAGGAGCGCCAGAAAGUGACGAAGACGAGACAGCAUCCCUCCGCCAGCAGUCGAAGCAGCUCAUGGAACAUACUGAGGUUUAUCUACUAGCCAAGUACUUAGACAUCAGCGAGCUUAUGCGACAUGCGACAAGCAGGUUCAUAGGCGUUGCCAAGAAAAACUUCAGAGCCGACGCCUUUGUCGAACCGUUUUCUCGAGUUUUCAACCAUGGUGGUGACGGUGACAGUGGACUAAGAGCUCAAAUCCUUGAGCUCUGUCUGGAGAACUCUGAGCAUCUCCCGCCAGAUGGCGAGUUGACCUUGCUGCUCCUACAGCACGAACCCAUUGCCUGGAAGAUGUUAUCACGGCAGGCUCACGAACACGCAUGUCAAGUUGAAGAGCUCGCUAAAACGCAGCUAGCCCUUGAGGAGACUCUACAAACUUCGCAAGACACUAUUGAGACUCUGGGGCAGAGUGUCGAAGAAAUGACACUGGACAGAGACCGCAUACUUACAUUACUGGAGAAAUAUGACAGGUGUCGAAAUUGCGAAAAGGACUUUGGCUCAUAUGUGGACAAGCACGAGCGUGGGAUCAUGCGGUGUAAGGGUUGUCGAUGCCGGCAUUAUACCUAA